UUCUUAUCRUAUUGCUUGUGAUGUAUUUGUCUGAAUUUUUAUUCUUUUGAUGGUUCAUUUUUCAGCUCAUAUGAGUGUAGUUACUGGAAUUUGUUUUUCACUUGAAUACGAAUGGUUGUUAAGCAUUGGAAGGGAUAAAUACUUCCAGCUUCAUGACACAUCAAAUGGAAAGAGAAUUGGAGGAUAUCAGUCKGACGCUUGGUGUACAUCAAUGCAAUUUGACGCUGAAUCAAAGCAUAUUUUUAUUGGUGACUAUGCUGGUCAUAUUAAUAUUUUAAAGGUYGAAGACAAUUCUCUAUCUCUGGUUACAACRCUCAAAGGYCACUCAGGUAUACUUGUAGAUUUUCCCUGACUGAUCAAUCAACUGUCAUUCUUUGGUUGGGUUUCAGGGAGUAUYGGUGGCCUUGCUUGGGAUCCAGAGAAAAAGAUGUUAUUUUCAGGGAGUUUUGAUCAAUCUAUCAUAAUAUGGGACAUUGGUGGACAGCAGGGCACAGCAUUUGAACUCCAAGGACAUUUGUCAAAAAUACAAGCSUUGAGCUAUGCUUCACACUCCAAGAAGCUGUUUUCAUGCAGUGAAGAUGGUGCAAUCAUGGUUUGGGAUAUGGAAAAAACAAGAAAAGAGACCCCAGAGUGGUCCCAGUGUGAUGUUUGUGAAAGAUGUGGUGGCCCAUUUUUUUGGAACUUCAAAGAUAUGUGGAAUAAAAAAACUGUUGGUGUGCGACAGCAUCAUUGUCGCAAGUGUGGUCGUGCAGUUUGCAAUACAUGUAGUGAGAAACAAUCCAGUUUACCAAUCAUGGGGUUUGAAUAUCCUGUACGAUGUUGUAAUGAAUGUUAUGAAACUAUCACUGACGAAGACCGUGAACCACUAGCAAUACCUCAUGAUGGCAAACAUCCUAUAAAGUACAUGCAUAUGGAUCUAUCUAAAGCUAGAAUGCUCACAUGUGGAGGUGAUAGGGUUGUAAAGGUAUGGGAUGUCAAAGCAAUACUCUUAUCAUAGGAAAUAGCAAGACAUCAUGAAUCACAAUUUAGAUAUGAAAACAUUUUUAUCAAGAAAUCAACUAAAAGUAUUUGGAAGAUUAAUAUGGGUACAGUAAUCAACUACUGAUCAACUGCUGAAUUCUCCUUCAAUUUUAGAGAAGAGAAAUUAGCUUUGAUCACUUAACUAUUCAUACUUACAAGGUAAAAUCUUGUUCUUUGACACUACUGAGAGUGAUCAGUUAUACUGACUUAGUACUGCAAAUAAGCAUUAGGAAGUAUUAGUUGGAUAAAUAUUUUUAGAAGGGAAUAUUAGACAAUAUUUGAUAAAAAGUUUAUUAUAAUAGACAUACUUGGCUCAGGCAAUGUUUGUUCCAGUUUAGACCCCCUUGCAAUAUUUAAUUCUUUCUUUUCCAACAAAACUUGAGACAAUGCUUGAAUAUAAAUGGCARGAAAACRAAGAAUUCUACUUCCAAGUGGUCUGMAAUGGAAUAAACAUUGUCAAUAAGMUCCAUUGCAGSCUUGUUGGCUGAAUGAAAACAAUUCAGAUUAACUAUAUCAGAAUGCAGKGUUGUCAUUCCUCUUGGCAGCUAUGACAAGUCACAUAUUGAUACACUACUGAUAAGACUGGCUUAAAGUGUAUUCAGUAACUUGCUGCAACUGCUGAUAACCAUGUUUGCACAUCACUUAUAACUUGAUAAUUCCAAUAGCUCUCUUCACAGAUUAUCAGCAUAGCUCAUUAUAUAGAUGUUUGGGUCAGGAUAAAUGCAAAUGUUCUCUAGAAUAAAAGAAUAACCAUUUCAUUUCUUCUUAUUUAUGCAAUGGAAAACUGAAGGCUCUGUAUGUAAACAAAUGAGUCUUUGAUUUGAUUGGUUCAAAAAUUCUCAUGUUCCAUCAGUAUGCCUAUAAUUAUACCUUGUGUCCCAGAUUCUGGGUUUUCUGCUAUAGUCUACAACCAGAGCCUUGGAUUUUCCAUUAGGAAUCUGAGAAGACCUGGGUAUGAGAAUUUCUUCAUUAUUGAAUCCCUGAAGGGUUGUUCAUAGCCUGAUUAGCAUUAAUCCAAGGUUAACUGCAUUAAAUACUUUAAGAGUGAAAAGGCUGAUUCCAGCACUGAACUUCAAUAAACACAAAAGAGUGCUUAAAGGACAUACUAUUGUAAGUUAUGCUUGUGAAAGCAAAAAAAAAAACUUGAAAAUACAGCUUGCAAUAAUUGCAAAUAUUGCAAAAAUGUGAAACAUCAAGCUGAGCAAACUAAGAGAUAAUUGUUCAUGCAUGCUUAGUUUCAGAAAUUACUAUAUUACUGUAUUACUAUAUUACUGUUUAUAAAAUUUGUUUUCUAAAUUUGUCCAGCAUGUUCUCUCUCUUUGUUGUUUAUGUUUCUACUAAACUUGGUAGAAUCUAAAAAACGCAAACCAGAGUUAGUAGUGGGGGACUAUUAGCCCAUUCUGAGGGCUAUUUUUGAAAACUAUGUAAGGGAUCCAGAUACUGUAAUGAAUAAUGUAUUGUACAUACCAUCCUACAACUCAUCUUUAUCAACUUUAACUAUGUACUGGUAGCUAUCAAUGAAACAAUGUUUUUGAUAAUUAAUUCAUUCACUCCCAUCAUACAUUCUCCUUUGAAAUCAAACACCAAAGUGCAGCUUGGGAAGGCAGAUAAUACACCAAAUAUAAUAUGAAUAAUAUGUCAAUCUCUACACACUGUCGACACUAAUUAUUUGCAUUUUUAUGCUCAACUUUGAUCAAAUAGCUUCAGUGACAUGACAAGACAAUAACAAGCUAAACAACUGUUUUCAAAAGAUUUGACACAAAUGAAAUAAAUACAGAACAUUUUAAGAAAAGAAAGUUUAAUAAACUUGUUGAGCAAUUGUUAGCUGUUAGAGCUUUCUAGAUAUUUCUUCAUUUUAAAAGUGUUCAUAAAACUGUCUUUUCUGAAAGUCUGUCAAUCUACUUAAAUAUUGUUAACACUAUAAGAAAACCCUGCAAAUUGUCCUGUUGUUCUUUAUAUUCAUUUGUGUCAAUGUUUUUGACAAAAAGGUGUAAACCUGAAUCUGUUUAAAUACCAAAUACAUAAUUAUAUAACAUACUAGUAUCUUAAUUGUACAUAAAUUUUAUGGUCAGGUGCCAUUUUGUCACCUGUAUUUCAAAAUCAUUGAUACUUAUUAAUAAUAAUAAAUAACUCAUUAACUGACAAUUAUAAUAACAAUCUUCAUUAUUAUGAUUAUAAAAAUGAUUAAGCAUUAUUUUGUACUAUGGCGUCAUUUUAUGCGACUACCAGAACAUGAAAAUUUUAUUUUUAGUUGCUAUUCAGAGUGCUAUGCUAUUAUUAAGAGAAAAGCAAAAUGAUUAGCUGAUCAUAUUGUUUAAGGAAAACUAUUAUUAUUGGAAAACAUUUGAGUGAAAACUUUGUACUAAUUGAGGCAAUAUAUGUCAUGUUAAAUGUAGUCCAAUAUCAUUUAAGGGCCAUGGUCCACUUGCAUACCUUUCAAGCUUUUGUUUAGGKUUGAAAAUAUAACUAAAUCAUAAUAUAAGCUAAAACUUUCUCUUUAUURUCCCUAAAAACUAACAGAUCUUAACUUGCAGUAUUUACUUUUCUUCCUUUUUGAGAUGUGUGCAACGCCCCCUCGAGCGGAGCCUGAAUCUGAAUGCAAAUGAUUUUUGGAGCUACCUCCUCUGGGCUUCCAUAAGUGAAAAAUUUAAAAUACGACCGUAUUGCAUGCUGGUGGACCAUGGACCUUAAAUAAGCUUAGUAACUAUGUAUUACACAAUUAGGAAGAAAGUAACCUCAUUAUAAUAUGGCUGAAGUCUUGUAUUGAAUUAUUUAGAAUGGGAUAGAAAAAUUCAACUCGCCUUUUGAUCUUAAGGUAUUGUUUGUUUUGCUAAGAUUUUGAAUAAAUUUUUCUGAYAUUUUGUAAAUGGAGAAAGUGUUUUURGCCGUAAUAACGUUAACCACGCCUGUAAUCUAAGACCGGCUUUCAUAAGUUCUGCGCUCAUUGACAUAUCACUCCAUCUAUAAAGUAAUACCUGACUUGAUGGCAGGAGUUGUAAGCAGUAUAAGGCCUACUCCGGGCCAGAAAGUCGUCUUAAGUCGCCGUAACUUAUAAGGCGACUUGAGAAAAAGUGAGGGUAAAUUGGGAGGGGCACUGUGGCAGCUUAAAGCGACUUAAGGAAAUUUGGAUGAUAAUUUAUAGGUGGGGUCCCUUGGCGACUUAAGGCAAUUUUCUGGCCCGGAGUAGGCCAGGUAUAAAUUACAGUUUCUCCCAAUUGCAAUUCAUGGCCAUUUUGCUUUCAAUGUUUACUUAAGUAAGUUAUGUUUGCUAUAAGAUUGAAUAGGUCAUAAAAACAUAUAUUUUUUGAAUAAAAAUAUUCUAAUAAAGCAAAUAUCAUAAAGAA